AUGGAAUUUAAAUUCCUAUCUGUAAGAGAAGCACGCAGCAAGUCUGAUAAAUAUUAUUUAUUCCAAUUCGAAGUUUCAUAUAAAGAUUGGAACAAUGUAGUAGAAAAGCGUUAUUCAGAAUUUCUUGAGCUUCAUAGGGUGAUGAAGCUGAUUAGGCUGUCGAUAACUCAGCCACUUCCUCAUUUCCCUGGCCAAAUGCUGAUGAAAACCUUAUUCCACAAGGUAACUCCUAAGGAUAUCGAGGAAAGAAAAGCAGGGCUUGAAAACUACAUGAAUGAGCUUAGCAAAGGGAUGUGUGCAAAAAAUAGUAAGUACUUCCCUGACUUUAUUUCACUUCCUACAAGACUCAGAGACGAGUAUAUGCAAGAUAUUUAA